AUGCCUUCUAAUUACAAAACUGCCACCGCCUUCUCUGCGGUGCUAACGCUGCUACUUCUCCCCUUACUAACCGUAGGGGAGCUUGUACAGGAGCAGCCACUUGUGCUCAAGUACCACAACGGCCAGCUCCUCAAGGGGCGGAUCACCGUCAAUCUCAUCUGGUACGGCACCUUCACUCCGAUCCAACGUUCCAUAAUCGUCGACUUCAUAAACUCGCUGAGCAGAGCACCCAACGCGGAGCUUCCCUCGACCGCCACGUGGUGGAAGACCACGGAGAAGUACAAGGGGGGAUCCUCUGCGCUGGUCGUAGGGAACCAGAUUCUACACCCGGCUUAUACGCUCGGGAAAAGCCUCAAGGGAAAACACGUUCUCGCACUCGCUUCCAAGUUCAACCAACUCAACUCGAUAACGGUCGUCUUAACGGCCAAGGACGUCGCCGUUGAGGGUUUCUGCAUGAGCCGCUGUGGGACCCACGGUUCUACCCGCAACGUUGGAAACGCUGCCCGCACCGCUUACAUAUGGGUCGGAAACUCCGAAACGCAGUGCCCCGGGCAAUGCGCGUGGCCCUUCCACCAACCCAUUUACGGGCCCCAAACGCCGCCGUUAGUUGCUCCUAACGGUGACGUCGGCAUUGACGGAAUGAUUAUUAACUUAGCCACUCUUCUUGCUGGGACUGUCACGAACCCUUUCAAUAACGGUUACUUCCAGGGACCCCCGACGGCGCCGUUGGAGGCCGUUUCGGCUUGCACGGGAGUUUUCGGCAGCGGGUCAUACCCGGGUUACCCGGGUCGGGUUCUGGUGGAUAAGGUAACGGGGGCAAGUUACAAUGCGCAUGGUGUUAAUGGCCGGAAGUAUCUCGUGCCUGCGAUGUGGGACCCACAGAGUUUGACAUGCAAGACCCUCGUGUGA